AAAAAAAAAAAAAAUUUCUGCCAAGUUUAUAACUUGUAUAAACUACAUAAUAAAAAGAGUAUAUAAAUAUUCUAUGUUGACAAUCUAGAAAAAAAAAAUACUUUUUCUCUAAUCUUUUGUCAAAAGCUUGUCAAUGACUCUUUUUAAAUAGAUUAACACCACGUAAUAUAAAAUAUACAUAAUACCACACAAUCGAAUCACAAAUUCCAUAUUAUGCCGUCAGCGACAUUAAAUCGUAAUAAAAAAUCAGAUUAUUUUAUGAGACCUAAUCAUAAUUAUUACGAUUUUAAUAUAUUACCUCGAGCGAGAGGUUCACAAUUUGAUCGGACUUUUGGUAUACAUAACGCAAUAAUGCGCAGAGAACGAUUUAUUCGUCGUGGAUUAUCUGUUAUCAUUUUAGUAACUUUAAUAGUAUUCAUGAUUUAUGUUUGGUUUUCUCCAAUCGAACAAACUUCAGAUAAUAUUAAGGUUUCACCAAUUCCAAAUUCUCCAAAAUCUCCAUCUAAUGUAAUAUCUUCACCUAUUAUUUCAACAGAAGAAAUUCACCUUUAUCGUAUUCUUGGUAAUGAUCUUCCUCCUAGACAUAAAGCUGGUCAAGUUCUACAAAAUGUAAAAUUUAUCCUGGAAAAUGAACCAAAAUUUCAUAACACAAAAAAAUGGUGGAUAUUAAACCGUAUAAUAGAUAAUGAAUAUGAAAACGCUUUAAUAGAUUUAUUAAAACAAUAUAACCAAGAAUAUGUUAGAAUACCUUUUUUAGUUGAAGAAUAUUUAAAAUACGAUUUUAGACUUGAAGAUUUUCCUGAACAUGACUUUUUUCAUUCUUAUGAAUACAUGAAUUUUUCAAAGGUGGCUAAAUUAAGAACUAUAGAUUAUUCAUAUCACGACAAAAAUUUAUAUGCAAUGAAUAAUAAUGGAGGAAGGAAUGCAGCAUUAGCACAUGGUAAAUUACAACCUAAUGCACGUUGGAUAUUUCCAUUUGAUGGAAAUUGUUUUUUAACUACAAACGCAUUUAAUGAAAUAAUGACACAAAUUGAAAGAUGGGGAAAAGAUUAUAAAUAUUUUGUUGUACCAAUGGCUAGAUUAUUAAACAAUACUCAAUUAUUAGUUGGCACUGAUACUAGGCCUCAAACGCCAGAAGAACCGCAAAUAAUAUUUCGUCAUGAUUCCGAGGAAAAAUACAAUGAAAAUAUGAGAUAUGGUCGUAGAUCAAAAUUAGAAAUGUUAUGGAGAUUAGGAGUACCAUCGCCGCGUAAAAUAUUAAAUAAACCUCCGGUACCAUGGGAAUCACAUGAUGCACCAUAUUUUUCUCCUCCUAAAAAUAAGUAUAAAAUGAUUGGUUGGGUGUUUAGAUUAUUUUCAGGUCAAGCAUCACAAGAAGUACAUAAAAGAGAAGCUAGCGCUCUAAGAGCUUUUAACAGAUUAUUAGCCAUACAAGAUUUUUUGGAUGGAAUUGAUGAAAAGAUUGCAAGAUCGACACAAGGUUUUGAUGCCAAUCGUUUAUUCUUAUACGAUGAAAAAUCAUUGAAUCAAGCAAGAUUACAUUAUUGGAGGGGUGAUGAAAAAAUAACAAGGGUUGUUAAUGUUAUGUUAGAUAGAGCAGAUACGAUGAGUUCGUAUGCUGCUAAUUGGUAUUCUUCUGCUAAUGGUUUACCUAUCGAUGCAAGUACUCAAGUAAAAUUCUUGCAACUAAAAACUGAUCCUUCUCCAGCUUUAUUAGAAGAUGAGAGAAAAAACGAAGAAACAAAUGUUGAUGAUGUGUAUCAGCAACAAGAAGAAGUGAUAAAAUCGAAUGAUUCUGCUUCAAUUGAACAAGAUGUAAUGUUAGAUGAAGAACAAAAUCAUGUCAUAACAAAUGAAUCACAACAACAAUCAACAGAAAACUCGGAUACUACUAAUUUAAAUGAAACAAAUACGAAUAACAUAUUUCCUUCAUCAUCAGGUGGAGAGAAACCUAAAAAAUAUAUUGGAGUUGAAGUAGAUGAAUUUGGUCGGUUCGUUUCAAAUACACCGGUUCCUUUACCAAAUGUUUCAACGUCAGAAUUAUUCGAGAAUAUAACAACAUUAACAUUUGCACAUCAUUUUUCUGGAAAUGUUCGUUACUCUCGUUGGGCAGCAAAUUUAAUUCGAACAUUUAUAUUAUCAUCCUACGGAGUAGGGGAACAAGAUGAGUUGCAAGUCACUAAUACAGAUUUUGAAGCUACAAAUGAUGAAGGUUAUAGUUUUCCACAUCUUAAUAAAAUUCCUAGAACAGUGCCAAAAUUUAAUAAAAUAGGAACAAAAUUUCCGGCCGAUCUUUUAGAAACAGAUCCAAGCUUUUUUUUGGAUUCUUGUAGAUUACUUUAUCGUGUUAGAGCUCUUACACAUAAGGAAUUUACUGAAUUAAGACAAUUCUCAUCAAUUUGGUUAGAACGUUUAAUAAAUAGUCCUGAAAGUAUUGAAAGAUCAAGGGAACCAGAUCAUAGAGGUACCUUAUAUGAUAUACAAGUAGCUACGUUAGCUGGAUUUGUUGAUGAUGUAAGAUUAUAUUUGAGAGUUAUUAGUAGAACGAGAAUGAGAAUUGGUAAACAUUUUUAUAUUGCAAAUGAUGCUUCAUUGUCUUCUCAUAUGAGUCAACCUUAUGAAAUUAUAUUUGUAAAUAAUUUGAUCGAGAGAGGUAAAUUAUUACCUAUACAACAUGAAAGUGCUACUUUUAAAUAUACUACUUUAAAUUUACAAUAUUGGAUGAUCUUAACUCGAAUAAUACAAAAUGUUAGGAUUGGAUUAGAUUUGUGGCAAUAUACUGCAAAAGAUGGUCAAAGAUUAAGUAGAGCAAUGAUGGAUCAUUUAGGUAAACAUGCUAGUAAAUUGGACAAUGAUUUGUUAAGACCAUUAAUACACAUAGCUCAGGCUGCUCAUCGAGCAAGUGAUACUAAAAGAGGGAUUUGGCACGAACAUGGUGAUGAACAUGACUAUUUUCAACAUUUUUUAAAAAAUAUUGGUAGUAAAAUGAAUUUAUUUGAUAAAAAUUCUUCAAUUUCACCAAAUGAAGAAGAUAUAAUAUUGAAAAGAAAAAGUGUCGAUAAAUGUGUUGGUUUAGGUGAAGAAGCUAGACAAAGAGGAAUGCCUCCAUUUUGGAUGUUUGGUGUUGCAUGAAAAUUUUAAAAAAUAGAAAUUGUAAUUGCCUUAUUUUACUAUAUAUAUACAUUUUUUUUUUUGAUAGACGAUAAUUUCUUUUUAGAAAAUUUUAAAAGUAAUUAAUAACAUACAUUUUUAUAUAUAUGCGUGCAUGUUUUUUUUUGUGAUAUAUUUUCUGUUUUAGUUAAAAAAAAAAACUGGCUGGCUUAUUUUACUUUUUUUUUUAUUACUAAUUCCAUUUUUUUUUUU